GCCGAUCGCAUUGCCACUGCAACACGAAAGGCAUCGCCAACGACACCGUCACCUGCUCCCGGCACACCAAUGCCCGGAACGCCAAUUCCAGAGGCAUUCGCGUGAAGGUUGCAGACCUUCUCACGUUGUGUGGCAUCAAGCAUCACGAACUCAGUCCUGAACUCUGGAAGUACAAGGGUCGAAUAGUGUCCCAGGCGCCUGCACACAGCCUUCUGGGCGGCACUGAGAAGAAAGGUCCAGGCACCUUGCCCAGGCCGGUGCAGGCCAUGAGCUCGCUUCCCAGCGUGGGGGACAUGCAGGCCGCCUUCGCCUUCUCCAUCAACGCACCUCGUCACCGGCGAAAAGAGAAAGAAGCGCAUUUUGAUGCGCGCUCCCAGCCCAGCACGCCCGGACCCGGAUCGCCCAGCAGGCCUCUGGUCGAUCUUCCUGAGGGGCCGCACGAAGAGCCCUCAAGGCUCAUGCCCACUCUGAGCGCGAUUCCCUCCGGCUCCUUUCAGCCCCAGAAGAGCGUGUUGCAGUUCGAUCUACCCAACGGAGCUGGCGACGACACUGAGGAUGUCAAGAGAGAGGCCGUUCGCAGCCUAAGCGGCGUUGUCGAAGACAAUGAGCAAGGCGACAAGAACGAGGAGAACUUACUAAUGCGCAGCCCGCCAUCAAGCCCCCAGAUGGACAACAUGAUCAGCCUCAGCAAGAAGUCCAACACUGUGAUCUUGCACCAGUACAACACCAUCGAGGACGCAGAGCCGCCUGGCUCCUUGGAGGACCUGGGGUGCAGCAUUUGCGUGAAGGUUCCUUGGUUGGCAGCCUGCUUGCCAGUGGUGCUGUCCGCAACAUCUUUGGCAUUCAUGUACCACGAGGACAUCGUGGGUCACAACUUUACCAUGGUGUCAGCUGCCGUGUACAGCCUCUGCUCGGUUAGUUGCCUAUGGCUUCUGAGGCGCGCCCUGCUCUCAGAGGAACUGGUGCUUGCGGUUGGGAAGCUCCACGUGUUCGUGGACACCUUCAAGAAUCAGUGGGGGAAGCGAUCCCGGCAAGAGCAAUGCUGGAGCUUUGCGGUUUGGCUUAUUCUGGUGCUCGGCUUUGUGGCUGGAGAGGCCUAUGAAGAGUGGAAGGAAAUGGAGCUUCCAGACACGGGGUAUGCGAAUUCCAGGCUGAUUUUGAAAGCAUUGUGCACGGUGAGCUUUGGCCUCUCCAGUGGAAUCCUGGUGCUGGUGGCAUAUGUGCAGUGCCACUUCCUUUUGGGACUGGAUACGUCCUUGGACUGCUGGUGCGCCAGUUUACUGGACGAGCCCGACUUCAGCCUUGGUGUCGAGAGCUGGAACUGCCUCCAGGCGUUGCUGAAGUGCAUCGGCCGAGAGAUGGCCAGCAGCUUUCUCAUGAUGCAGAUUUUGGGUGCCGCAGGAUUCAUCUAUUUCCUCACCAGCGCUGUGACGGUGGCAUUCCAGCGGUCCUUUGACCGAGAAGUGAUGCUGAUGGAAGGAUUGCGAUCGCUCCCUUUGCUUCUGCACUUCCUCUUGGAGAUGCAUGUUUUCUCGCGCGGGGCAACUCUGACACAAAAAUGUCGCAUCAUCCCGUCCUUUGUGAAUCAGAUCCCCUCCGCAACCUUGCUGAACCCUGCCCGUUCAUAUCUGGUCCAGUUUGUGACCGACAGCUCUGCCGGCUUCCUGGUGAGAGACGUGAAGCUGACGCCGGAGAUGUUCUUGAAGAUCUUUGUUCUGAUCGGAGGUCUUCUCAUAAACUGCCCGGCCAUUUUCCGUCAGCCUCGUCUGGGCCACAAGCGUUCAUUGGUCACCGCUGGCACGUUGAAUUGGCAGUCCGGACUUGCAUACUGCCAUGCCUUGAUCUCAGAUCUCGUGCUGGGAGGACUCUUUCUGGUCGGCCCCGUCUGGCCCCGCCCGGCCGCCUACACGUCGACUCGACGGUUCGCAGGUCGGGUCAAAUCCUCCUCCCUGGGCCCGAGAGGGCAGCUGGAGGCGGAGGAGUUCCGGAAGGUCCUGGUGGAACUGACGGGCCGGGAAGGCUACAACGCGGCGGCGGUGAACGGGAAGUGGCACUUCUGGAAGGUCAAGUCGGGCCGGGUUGCCUUCCAGCGGGAGCUUUCGCUCGAGGGAGCUGCUCCGGAGGGUGCGGUACCUUCGCUGCGGCUCUUCCUGUUUUACGUGCCACAGACGGACACUUGGAUCAUCAGCGACGCGCCGGACGCCUCUGGAUCGGUGGUGGCUGAUUGCGGCCCAGUGCUGGGAGGCACCGAUCUGCAGCAGAGCUGGCGGGUUUGGGACGGCGACGGAUGGAAGGAGGAGACGGGAGUUGAGCCGAGCCGAUGUUCAACGGAGCAGACAAAGCACCGGUAG